AUGGCCAUCACUCACGGUAUAACUAACAACAUAUUGGACAUAGAGGAGGGUUACGCUAUCAUCGAAGCAUAUUUAGAGAGCCGGCCGUACGUGGCCGCGGACCAUCUGACCGUGGCGGACAUCUCGCUCGGCUCUACCACAGCUGCGCUGCAGGGGAUCCACGCUUUGGACGCUAAUAAGUUCCCAAAGACAAGAGCGUGGUUGGAGCGUCUGUCCAGAGAAAGCUACUUCAAGGAGAUCAACACACCGGGCGCCGCCUUGUUGGCCAAGAUGCUCAGACACUUCUGGAAACAGAAUAAUAAAGAAUGAUUCAACUGC